AUGGUGCAGGAAGAAUUUGGUUCACUGGAAUCGUUCCUCACGGCGUUUUCAAGAGCCAAGGGAAGACGACACCUCGCAGCGACGGAGGUCAACGCCGUCUCCAGCCGCUCGCACGCCAUUCUCCAGUUCAACGUAUGGCGGGACGACAAUCCUGGCAUCGUCGGCCGUCUCAAGCUCGUGGAUCUGGCAGGUCGCGAGCAGAACAAGGAGACGGGCAACACGGGCCAACGGAUGACGGAGAGCUGCGACAUCAACCUGUCGCUCUCGGCGCUGAGUCGCGUGAUAGAGCAACUCAACGACCCGAAUGCGAAGCACGUCUCUUACCGCGGAAGCAACCUCACCAAGGUCCUGCAGGACUCCCUUGGAGGCAGCAGCCGGGGAGUCAUGAUCGCCUGCCUGGCUCCGAAUGACGACAAGCUGGCGAUGGCGGUUCUGGAGGUGGCGGCGCAGUCUCGCCUGAUCCGCAACAACGUCUCCAAGACCGUGCUGCCUGCCACCCCGAAGCAGACCGUGGCGGACCGGCGCUCCCAGCUCUCCGCGUUCAAGGCGAAGAAGGCCGCCAGCAAGGCUAUCGUCCCGAGCAGCUCUGCCGGGCCUUCUUCAUUCAGUGCUCAAAAGGGUUACAUCCCUUACCCUGCUCGAGUUCCACGAGAGCAACAAGUGGCUGGAGAGCUUCACCGCAUCCUCGACCCCACUCUCUUCAAGAGAAGCCCCAUCAGAGCGACCUCCGCUACCAACUCCACGCCCAGCCUCAUCCCCAGGCCUCGCUCGUCUCUGCUCACCCGUCGUCCCGGCGACUUCCUGAGAUAUGCUGCAGAGGCACUGGGAACGGAUCUAGCACAAGAGGAACCUGAUUCUGCAGCAGCGGCAGUGGCUGUGGCAGAGGCGGCAUCAGCAUCCGCGUCAGCGUCAGGGUCAGCGGGCGGUGGUGCAGAAAGGGGGGCGAGCAGCGGGGGUGGGAGGAGGAUGCGGAUAGCGGAGAAGAUGACGGCGAGCAUGGCGGCGAAGAUGGCCUCCGCAUCUGAGGCUCGCCAGGCUCUUGCCUUGAAGCGCAGCAUGGCCAAGCACCACUCGCCAAAGAGGGCCGCCGCCGCCAGGCAGAGGGGGAUGAUCAAGCUGUCAAGCUCCGUCUCCCACGCGAAGCCAACUGGGAAUGCUGCUGGGAAGGCUGGUGGGGAGGCUACUGAGAAAGCUGCCAGGAAUCCUCAGCGCCAGGGGUCGUCGGGGACGGCUGCAGCAGCGGAUGCUGUUGUUCAGGCAGCUGCAAACCGUGCAGCCGACGAGCUCCAGCGCCAGCGGUCGCGUGAUGGCGUCGUGGCUGCUAUGUCCGCUGCGGCAGCUGCAGCGAGCGUGGCGGCAGCAGCAGCGACGGCCGCGGGGAGUCCGCUUGCGCCGAAUGCGCAGCAGGCGCAUUUCCUCCUCAUGGACACCCUGCGCCAGCGUCGGGAUGGCGGAGUGCUAGCUGCAGGGGUGGGGGGUGCGCCGGACGGGGUAGGCGCACCAGAAGAGGACGGGGUUAGUGGUGAAAGUGGUGAAGAGAGUGAGCAGGGUUCGAUGGAGGAUGGGGACGAAUUGUCCUUUGCGACUCCCGGAGGGAGGCUGAGUGACGGGGAGAUGGUGGGCGAGAGUGAGGGCGAAGUGGAGGGAGAGGACGAAGGCACGAGUGUGCGGGACAGGGGGGUUUCGCCGAAGAAGCUGUGGGAAUGUUACCGGGACAACGCUGCUGCUGCCUCUGACACGUUUGAAGCAUCCACGUGCCAUGGCAGCUCGAACGGCAGCACCACUGGCAGCAGCGCGGGGUCGGGAGAGGAGGCAAGCACCGCCAACCAAGACAGUGCUGACAGCAAGGAGGAGAUGGGGACAAUGGGGCCGCUGGAGGGGGAAGGCGGUGGCGUCGUGGGCAUUGAAGGUGCAGGUUGUGGGGAGGCGGGUAGUGAGAAGGUUGAGGGCGGCGAGCAGGUUAAGGGCGGCGAGGAGAUUGCGGGGGGGAAGGAGGUUGAGGGUAGAGAGGGGGUUGCGGGUGGAGAGGAGGUUGAGGGUGGAGAGGAGGUUGAGGGUGGCGUGGGAGGUGAGAGUGAAGUCGAGGUGGAGGCUGGUGAGGGAACGGAGGGUGGAGAGCAAGUUGAAGGUGGGGAGGAAGUGGACGAAGGGUAUGAGGGCGAGAUGGUAGGAAAAGAAGAGGAAGAAGUUUCAGGAAUGGCAGCAGGCGAUGGGGCUACAAGCGAUCCCACGUUGGAUGAAGAGGCAGCACAUGCAGAAGCUGCAACCCAUUCCGGUGCAGCAGAGUCCUCUCCUGCAGCCUCGGAACUAGAGCACAUUUCAAGUGUGUGGGCGAUGGAGGAGGUGGAGGAAGAAUUGGGCGAUGGUGCUGGAUGCGGGGCCGUCGCGUUCUCUCUGGUUCCGGUUGCAGGGGAGAGCAUAGCAGAGGAGGGCGAGGAGGAACAGGGAGAGGGAGCGCAGGAGAAAAAUGUGCAGGAGCAGGGAGAGGGAAGGAGGGACCAGGUGCCGAAUUCACAGGAGCAGAACCACGGCCCAUUACCCCUGCAGCCGUUGACUGUGCUCUCAGGGACACCUUCUAGGCAGCCCCUCAGCACAGUAUCGACCAACCAGUCAUCACAGCGGCCUGCCUUCCUUAACGCUAUGGUGUCGUGCGAAGCACCGGAUGUGUUGCUUGAGGGUGCCAUGAGGGGCCUUAGCAUCGUGGACCCCUUGACCCCAGCCUGUGCCAAGGACGUCGGGACUCAGUUCGUGGCUAUUGCAGAGGCGGAGCUCCUUCAGAAAUUCAACACGGCAACCAAGUAA